GUUUUACUGCAAUCUUCCACAGCUCAAGCUAACGAGAGAUUGCUUUCUGAUUUGCAGUUUUAAAGGACAGAUUUCCAAUCUUUUUUUCAAAUGAAAUGUUGAUGAAGCGUUUUCAACGCGAGAGAGCGGAAAAGGCAAUAAACAGGAAGUUGUCAGUAAUUCUGAAAGAAAGACUCCCCCAUUCAUUUUAAGAAGCAGGAGACCAGUGCAGGAUAAAUAUCGGAAAAGAACACGGCAGCCAUGUUUUAAACACCAGCUUGUCGAUACUCAAGACCUAAUUCAUAUCUGAUAACCAAAGAGAGCGCAUAGCAAAAGAAAGAAGCAGUUCUUCUGGGGAGAAGACAUUUAUUACUGGUGUCGUCGAGCCAAUGAGUGGAGCAAGAUGGCCCUUACUCUGCUAGUGCUGAUCGUUGUAAGUCCAACAUUCUUAGAUGCAAGUUCUCAACAUAGCAGCGAAAAAGGAGAGGUGUCGAUCUUGGGUAUGAUGCUGCAAGGACACAUCUUCAAGAAUAUCACAAAAGCGGCUUUCGGUGAUGUGUGUUUACGGGAAUGUUACCAAGACAUCAGAUGCCAGAGUUUUAACUACGUCUUUACCCAAGACAUUUGCGAAUUGAGCAACCGUACUAAGGAAGCCAGACCAGAAGAUUUUGUACCAAACUUUGAACGAUAUUAUUUCAGAAAAGACAUGAAGAGAGUGCCUCUCGGGUCCGUUCCAGAACUUCCGGCUGAAACGUGUAAAGAGAUUAAAACAAGUGAAGGAGGGCAAGCGGUCAGUGCGAGAUACUGGAUUUACUCCAUCAUACCUGAAAAGAUUGUAUUCGCUUACUGCGACAUGAAAACAGAAGAUGUUGACGAAUGCAGUUCUUCCAUCCCCAUUUGUGAUCCAAAGGCCAACUGUCAGAAUACGGAAGGCUCAUUUCAUUGUCAGUGUGUGACUGGAUUCUCUGGUGAUGGGAGAUCUUGCACCGAUGUUGACGAAUGCAGCUCUUCCAUACCCGUCUGUGAUCCAAAUGCCAAUUGUCAGAAUACUGAAGGCUCAUUUCACUGUCAGUGUGUGAGUGGAUUCUCUGGUGAUGGGAAAUCUUGCACAGAUGUUGACGAAUGCAGCUCUUCCGCCCCCGUCUGUGAUCCAAAGGCCAAUUGUCAGAAUGCGAAAGGCACAUUUCAUUGUCAGUGUGUGACUGGAUUCUCUGGUGAUGGGAAAUCUUGCAUCGAUGUUGACGAAUGCAGCUCUUCCAUACCCGUCUGUGAUCCAAAUGCCAAUUGUCAGAAUACUGAAGGCUCAUUUCACUGUCAGUGUGUGAGUGGAUUCUCUGGUGAUGGGAAAUCUUGCACAGCCACUAAUGAGGACGCUCCUAUCCGUUUAAUGGGCGGUGGAGCAAACUACGGCCGUGUAGAGGUUUAUCACAACGGGAAGUGGGGCACAGUGUGUGAUGAUCACUGGACAAUUAACGAAGCCAAUGUGGUUUGUCGUCAGCUCGGCUUCUCUAGUGCAUCUCAGGCUAGUUGUUGCGCUAAAUACGGUCAGGGUUCUGACCCAGUCUGGAUGGAUGAUGUCUACUGCCAAGGGGGAGAGGCAAUGUUAUCUCGAUGUACGUUCCCUGGCUGGGAAAAACAUAACUGUGUACAUAGUGAGGAUGCCAGUGUGGCGUGCAAUGAUUAGACUGGUCGCAAAGAAAAAAAAAUUUCCACAAAACAAUUUUUUUUGUAACAAGUUAUUUCGUGGCAUUGAUCUCACGACCUUAUUGUAGCAUUGUCAUAUUGACACGUUGCUAGUUUUUGAUCUCGGUUCAAAAAUUAGCAACGCAAGAUGACGAAUAUUUGCAAGAUCAACAAUCAUGCUUGGAGGCAAACAGUACAGCCAAUUAGCACUUGCGAGAGGCACUGUUUACGUAUUUGGUACACUCGCCACAAUGAGAUAAUUACCGAAUACAACAUAUUAAAAUAUUUUAGGGCAGUUAAGGUGUACCAAUAAUUUCGGUAAUCAUUA